AUGGCGAAUACUAUGUUUUCUUUCGGGGAGUUCAACUAUGGUGGAGUUCAGGAUAAACUUGGUUCCGCUGUUGAGAAUAUGGAAGUGGACAACAUUGGGGGGAAACAAGUUUAUGAAGCAGAAAAUUGGGGUAGCUUUGGUUCCCUUUGUUCUGAUUAUGGAAUUUAUGGAAAUAGCUUCUCAGAUUAUAGGAAAUACCAACAACAGGACCAGCAGCAGCAGCUGCAGCCACAAUUGAUUUCGGAUUAUGGGGUCUUUGACGACAUGCAGUUUCAGUAUGGUGCUCUCUCCCCACCACUUCAAGCAUGCUUGGAGGAGAUAGCUAAGCUUGAGAAUAUCCCAACUUUAGUUCCACAUGUUGAGCCACCCAAGAAAGAGUUGAAGAGAGACAUCUUUCCUGUAGCAGGUCUUGAUCUGUUAAACAACUAUGGAAGCGGGUUUAAACGUUUGAAUGGGGAAAGAAUUAUUGAGUCAAACCCUUAUGCAGCAUACACAGAGGUGAAGAGCAGCAAGUUAUCAACAGAAGAAAUCAUGAGGGUGGCAGGAGCAAGGUUCAUUCGUACUGCUUCCCAAGUGUCAGCGUCUGAUAUACCCUCCAUGCUUAGCCACCCUUUUGAACUCUCCUUUGCUGGCCUCUCAGAUGAGGAGAGUAGAGAUGUGGAACUUGUCGAAUUCCUUCUUGCUUCUGCUGAGAAAGUAGGAUAUCAACAGUAUGAACGUGCAACAAAGUUGCUUACCCUGUGUGAGAAGUUGUGUUCCGAUAGAGGAAAUCCGGUUGAACGAGUGGUUUUCUACUUUUGUGAAGCUCUUCGAGACAAGAUUGAUCGAGAAACCGGAAGACCAGCACAAAACAAGCAGGCAUUUGAUAUGGAGAAGGCAAUGAUGAGUCCAAGUGAGACUUCCCUUGCAUGUCACAACAAAAUCCCUUUCGGCCAAGUUGCACAGUUUGCUGGAAUUCAAGCCAUAGUGGAAAAAGUUGCUGAGGCUAAGAAGGUUCAUGUAAUUGAUCUGGAAAUCAGGUCUGGGGUACAAUGGACAGUUCUGAUGCAAGCCUUAGCAUCCCGUGAUUUCCCCCUUGAACUUCUCAAGAUAAGUGCUGUUGGAACUUCUAAAGAGGCAAUUCAGAAUACAGGCAAGUGGCUGGAGAGUUUUGCCAAAACCAUGAACUUACCCUUUUCUUUCCAAAUGGUGAUGGUACCAGAUAUGCUAGAUCUCAAAGAAGACAUGUUUGAGCUAGAUUCUGAGGAAACAGUUGCAGUUUACUCUCAGUUUGUACUGAGGUGCAUGGUCCCGCAGCCAGAUCGUCUGGAGUCUGUAAUGAGAGUGAUAAAGAGCAUCCAUCCAUCAGUAACAGUGGUCACCGAAGUUGAGGCGAAUCACAACUCACCUGUAUUUGUGACCAGAUUCAUUGAAACACUUUUCUUCUUUAGUGCAUUCUUUGACUGCGUGGAAACUUGUAUUGAAAAAAAUGAUCCAAUUAGAGAGAGUUUGGAGUCGCAGUACUUUGGAAAUGGAAUAAAAAAUAUUGUGGCAACUGAAGGAGAGGAAAGGAAGAUACGUCAUGUGAAGAUUGAUAUUUGGAGGGCAUUUUUUGCCCGGUAUGGAAUGGAGGAAUUGGAGUUAAGCUCAUCAUCCUUGUACCAAGCUGAGCUGGUGUCUAAGAAAUUCCCAUGUGGGAGUUCUUGCACCAUCACAAUGGAUGGGAAAACCCUGCUUGCUGGAUGGAAAGGAACACCUCUCCAAUCUCUCUCUCUUUGGAAAUUUGUUUGA